AUGUCCCAUGGUCCAUCGAUUCCUCUUCCGCAGGAGUUGGUCACCAAUGGAACAGUGGUAAAUAACAUACCUAUCAUGCAUGCAGGGCGGCCUCCGAUAGGAUUCGAAAGGACACUGGAUAGAACACCCCAACCACAGCCGACGCCGUCGUUUAUUCCAACUCCAAGGCCAAUGGUGGCCGUGCCUGGUGGUCUGUUCAACAGACAAAACCAACCGCCACUUCCAAAUCCAGUAGUCGUCCCAACUGCCGCAACAUCUCCGUUCAUACCACAGAACACUACCCUUCAGUAUACUACACUAGCACAUCCUCCUUUUCCAAGACCACCUCCGAGUGGAGCAAUUCCACUAGUUCAGGUUCCAUCGUUCGCGCAUUUCCCGAGCCAAGUUCGCUAUUAUCAGGCCACUUCUCCUUCUCCUACUUACCUUGUGUCUUCAUCAGAAAGGAUCGACAGUCCACAUGGAAGCGUCAAUAAUGGCCACGGUUUAAGACGUUCUCCUGCGCUUUCUCCGAUCCCCUCUGUGCAAGAAAACACAUCUGAAUGUGAAAGAGUACGACACAAUUCGGAAGCCCAGUCAAUUUCGACAGAAACAGCUACAGAAACGCAACCACGUCGUCAAGCAGAUAAUUGUCAACUUCAUAUGAGUAGCCAGAAUCCAGCUUAUAGAAGCAUAAAUCAGCAAGGAAUACCUGGACUUCCGACGAGUAUCCCUACAACUCAGCGUUAUUUUCCGAUGUCUCGUGUUUCGAGCUCUCAUAACCUAGUAGGAGCUGGAAUGGUGAGCCAAGCUUUACCAUUUGAGCGGCCAAGAAUGACUCCAAUGAUUGCUCGUGGAAGGCCAUUUAGUCACACCAAUCCACCGACUGCUCCUGUAAUAACACCUAUGCGCCCUGGCCCGAUUCUGCAUACAAAUGUUGUUCCUCCUCAAGUUAGCAGCUAUGACCCGCCGCAAAUGAGAAUGUCACCUUUACCUGGAUCUGUUGCGGAAAGGGCGACUCUGGGUAUUCCAACAGAGGAAAUUCAUUUUCCACAGCAUUCUUCGAGCGGCCAUCGUGUGCCUCACAUUGUUCAUCAUUCUUACUACACACCUCAGCGUCAGGGACAACAUCUUCAUGGCCCAAUGCGUUCCCAUCUUAUCGGACCUCCUCCAGCUUACGGUCUAUAUUCACAAAUGGUCGUCCAACAGUCGUCACCUAUCACAAUCGCGCCAUAUCUAGAGGUAGACAUGAUGAUCCCUCCCGAGCGCUUCGCUGAGUAUCCGCAAUUUCCAGUGGCGGUCGCUUUCCCGCCUCCAGCGUACCCCAUCAUUCCAUCGGGGGCAAUUCCUCCGGAGUCACUGACGCUGCUUACGAUCCCAUCAAAUAUGCACCCUGCGAUGAUGACUCCUGCGCCGUCAGAGGGUGCUACUACGACCAAAAUCGAAGACAACUCAAUUACCUUUGAAUUUACUCCUUCCGGUGUUGACAACUCUGCCGGGGACGAAGGAUGUGACCGAUGUACGAUUUGCCUCUGCGAGUACGAACUCAAAGACAAAAUGCGGCGACUGGCGUGUUUCCAUAAGUUCCACCAAAAUUGUGUAGACAAGUGGCUUCACCAAACAUCCAAGUGUCCGAUAUGCCGCAUCGACAUUUCGGCGACUCAAAGUUUUAUUCGACAAAGCAGAUGCACGGCAUCGUCAAGUACUGCUACAGCUACAAAGUAA